AGCCGACUCCUCCGCCGGGGCUGAAUCGAACAGCGGCAGGCGAAGCGCCUCUCCCGGGAGCCUCCUCCCGGGGUCCCCGGUGCCCCAUCAUGUGCUUUGCUCUAUCGGAGGAUUAAAAAGGCAUCUUCUGCUAUUGCUAACAACUACUAAGUACCCUAGUUUAUCACAACUGGGAAGAUGCUCAACACCUGAAGUUAAAUGGGAUUAUACUGAAAUUUCAUCAAGCCACAAGAACAUUCCCUGGAGUCUCUUGGAGCCACAGCUCUUAUAAUAUAGAGUCGAAGACGUUCCUUUUUUGUUUUCUCACAUAUUCUGUAUACAUCAACAAACUUAAUUUUAUUUGGAGGAGGGCGGAGAUUUUCCAAAGUGCCAUUAAUGAAAAGGAAAGGGCAGAUUGCCACCUUCUACUAUUUAAACUGUGCAGUGGUGUUAGAGACUCAUUCUGUUCCCAUUUGAUUGAGUCCAUGAACUGAAACCGACCCUUUGAACUGAAACAGAGAAUGUUUGGAUCCUGAGCAUAUGAUACUUCACAACCAAAUAAGAGGGAGUGAAGGAUGGCAUCCAGGGAGAGGCUUUAUGAACUUUGGAUGCUCUACUGUAAUAAGAAAGACCCAGACUACUUGAAGCUCUGGUUGGACAGUUUUGUUUCUAGCUAUGAACAGUUUCUGGAUGUGGAUUUUGAAAAACUGCCGACUCGGGUGGAUGACAUUCCCCCUGGAAUAUCUCUGCUUCCUGAUAACAUCCUUCAGGUUUUGAGGCUCCAGCUGCUGCAUUGUGUCCAGAAAUUGUCAGAAGGAUUGGAAGAACCACAACAAGCCCUGACACUUCUCCUAGUCAAGUUCUUCAUCAUUCUUUGCCGAAACUUAGAUAAUGUGGAAGAGGUUGGGACUUGUUCCUAUAUUAACCAUGUCAUUACAAUGACCACACUCUACAUUCAGCAGCUAAAGACCAAAACUAAGGAGAAAGAAGUGGCAGAUCAAACUUCUAUAGAAGAGUUUGUGCGACAUGCACUGGCUUUCUGUGAAAGCCUUUAUGAUCCAUACCGAAACUGGAGGCAAAGAAUUGCAGGGCGUAUUCUGAGCACGGUUGAAAAAAGUAGACAAAAAUACAAACCAGCUUUACUCACGGUGGAAUUUGUCCCUUUCUUUUACCAGUGUUUUCAAGAAAGUGAACAUCUCAAAGAGAGUCUCAAAUGUUGUCUACUACAUCUCUUUGGAGCUAUUGUGGCUGGUGGGCAGAGAAAUGCUCUUCAAGCCAUCUCUCCUGCCACCAUGGAAGUCUUGAUGCGCGUCCUGGCAGAUUGUGACAUGUGGGAUAACAGAGACCCAGAUGAAGUGAGCAGGAAGGCUGAGCUGACGCUGAAGUGCCUGACGGAAGUGGUGCACAUCCUUCUCGCUAGUAGUUCGGACCAGCGGCAAGUGGAAACUAGUACCAUACUGGAGAACUACUUCAAGCUGCUCAACUGGGACCAUGCAGCUUUGCCCAACUCAAGAAGGUCUCAUCAGUGGGAAAGUAGAUUCAUUGCACUGCAGAUUCAAAUGCUGAAUACAAUCACUGCUAUGUUGGACUGCACAGAUCGGCCUGUUCUGCAAGCCAUUUUCCUUAAUAGUAACUGCUUUGAGCAUCUUAUUCGACUGCUGCAGAAUUGCAAGGUGUUCCAGGGGCAGCUGGACUGUUUGGCAGUAUCGGCCAUUCGAGCCCUCACAGCAGUGAUGCACAGAUCUCCAGCCGCCAAGGAAGUGUUCAAGGAACGAAUUGGUUAUGCCCAUAUAUUUGAAGUUCUAAAAUCGAUGGGUCAGCCUUCACGAGAACUACUUGAAGAACUUCUGAAUAUGGCGAUUGAAGGCGACCAUGCAUCAGUUGGGAUGUUGGGCAUAAGCAACGUCCAGCCUUUGUUGCUGCUAAUCCAGUGGCUUCCAGAGCUGGAGUCGCAUGAUCUCCAGAUCUUCAUCUCAAAUUUGCUGAAGCGGAUUUGCUGCAUUAACAGGCAGAGCCGUGCAAUUUGCGUCAACACAAACAUGGUCAUCCGUAUAAUUGAAACGCUCAGCAAGCACCUGCAACUCCACGGAGCUUGUGCUGAGAACCUGAUUGCCCUCUUGGGUUCUUUGGGGAGCCUGUCAAUGAGCUCUGAAGAACUGCAUCGGCUAAUUCAGCUGCUGAGGACUAAAGACCCAAAGCAGACUCACCCUUACGUUGUUCCAGUGAUGCGUGCAAUUCUUACGAUGGCUCGGAAGCAAGGCUUGGACAGUGCCUUGCAGUAUUUUGACUUGUCCCAUAGCAUGGCAGGCAUAGCAGUGCCGGCUAUUCACAAGUGGCCAGGCUCUGCAUUUGCUUUCAAUGCGUGGCUUUGCCUGGACCAAAACCAAAUGAUUCCAGAUGCUAGCAGCAAGGGUGGCAAGAGGAAGCAACUCUACAGCUUUUUUACAGAUGGGGGGAUGGGAUUUGAAGCAUUCAUUACCUGUUCUGGAAUGCUAGUAGUUGCUGUAUGUACCAAGAAGGAAUAUGCUACUGUGACGCUAUCAGACCAUUGCUUCUGUGAUUCUCUUUGGCACAAUAUAUGCAUUGUUCACAUGCCGGGGAAAAGGCCCUUUGGUCAAAGCCUUGUCUAUAUUUAUGUAAAUGGACAACAGAAAGUCUCAGCACCACUUAGAUUUCCUGCCCUGAAUGAACCUUUUACUUCUUGCUGCAUUGGUUCAGCUGGCCAGAGAACAACUCUUCCUCCUCCGUCGCAAAUCCCAGACCCGCCUUUUUCAUCCCCAGUUAUACCCUCUCGGACCUCACUUGGGGGGAUCCUUGGUCCAGGCAGCUGGAGCGGCCUGCUGGGGAAGCCAGAACUCAUCACCAAGCUGAUCUCAGCGGGCACUCAAGACAGCGAGUGGGGCUGCCCAACUUCUCUGGAAGGCCAGCUUGGCUCUGUUAUUAUAUUCCAUGAAGUCUUACAGCCAUCUCAUGUGAAAACUUUGUAUUUGGCAGGUCCAAACUGCUUAAGUCCUUGGAAGUCCCAAGAAUCAGAACUGGCAGAUUUGCCAAGCAAAAUGCUUCUUCACUAUGCUCCUAAGGCCUGCAGAAGCCCAAUCUGUCUUGACCUUUCUGCAAACCUUUUACACGGGAGAUUAACAGGGAACAAAAUAGUGAACUGGGACAUCAAGGAUAUGAUCAACUGCAUAGGUGGAUUGAAUGUUCUGUUCCCAUUGCUGGAGCAGAUCAGCUUCCUUGAUGGGCAAUUGUCUGAGAGGACAGAGGUAGAAGUUCUGCCCCAUGAAUUGUUGACACCGGUUGAAGGAGAUUGGGUUGUAUUAACCUCCACCAAGGCUUCAGAAGCUCGUUUGGAGAAGAACAUCAUUGCAACCUUCAUCUUGAUGAUAAAGCACUUUAUUCAAAGGCAUCCGAUCAACCAGGAUAUUCUUAUUCACACCCAUGGAAUUGCAACCUUAGGAGUCCUUUUGCAGAAGGUGCCCAGCAGGUUCAUGGAUGUGAAUGUGCUAAUGGCAGUCCAGUUAUUGAUAGAACAGGUCUCUGUGGCAAAAAAUGUCCAGCUUUUGCAGCAGAUGUAUCAGCACCUCCUUUUUGACUUCAGCAUAUGGAACCGCGGAGACUUCCCAUUCCGAAUUGGCCAUAUCCAGUAUCUUUCCACAAUUAUCAAAGAUAGCAGGAGGCUCUUCCGGAAAAAAUAUGGUGUGCAGUUUUUGUUGGAUACUCUGAGAAUUUAUUAUGGAACCCACCCCAGAGACAGUGACUUGGUUCCAGACGACCUUAGAACAAUCAGGACAUCUCUGUAUGGACUAAUCAAAUACUUCUUGACCAAAGGUGGGGCACACGAGGAAGUCCAGAGCGUCAUGGGAUAUAUAGCAGCCACUGGUGAUGAGGAGCAGCUUUGUGGGAUUCUAGAUAUGCUCUUCAGCCUGCUUAACACCUGCCCAACCCGAGAUCAGCUUUUUUUGUUGCUGUUUGAGCCAGGAAAUGCAGAUAUCCUUUAUGCUCUUCUACUGAAUCAGAGGUAUUCUGAUAGACUACGAGAGCUUGUGUUCAAGAUUGCAGAGCAGAUGCUGAAAUGUACUAAAGUUUAUGAGCGGAGCAAACAACGUAUGAAGCUCAGAGAGGUUGGCUAUUCAGGGCUAGGACUGCUCCUGAGUGAAUCUCCACUUACCACUUCUCUUGUGAAGAGCCUUUUCAACCAAGUUCUGCAUGCCGAUCCAGUUGUGAAUUACAAGGACUUUAUAGCUGUGGUGCACUUGGCUCACAGAGCAGACCUAGAUGUAAGAGUGGCUGCCUGUCGAAAGCUUUUGCAAGUCCUACAUUCCCAACAAGAUUCAGCACAGCAGAUCUCUCAGCAACUUGGCUGGCAGGAGACGCUGACCCGACUCUUCCUGAAAGAGAAUGCUGAUGUCAGGAAUGGUGCGAGGGACACCAAAAGUGACUCUGCUAAAGGGGACGACAAGCCUGCAUCUGCGAAAGACCAUCGGCAGUGCCGGACUUCCAAGGCUGAUGAGGAAGAUGGUGCCAGCUUUGCAUCUGUUAAUGCCUCGUGUGAUCAGUGGAGCUUAGAAGAUGGCAAAUCUGUAACCGUGCUGGAGGAUACAUCCAUGGGGGAGAUGUCAUUUAGGCCUGAGGACCAGGAGGACUUGUGGCAAAAGAAUCCUUCACAUUUAAGCUUAGACCUCUCAAGUGUUGACUCUUACGAGCUAGGUGACAGUGGGAGCCAGAUGGCUGAUAGCCUGCCCAGCACCCCUUCCCCCAUUGAGAAUGCCAAGAUAUUUUCUGGACAGCUUGACAAAGAACCAAAUGCUGCAGAGGAGGUGGCAUUCACUGCUGAUCUUUCCUUAUUUGAAAUUCAUGAGGCAUGUGAAGAAGAUCUCCUUCAGCUUCUCACAGAUAUUUUGCUCUGUGUGAUGUGGAAAGGCAUAGAAAGAUCGGAUGAUGCAGCUUGGAUUGAGAGAGGACAAGUUUUUUCUGCCCUCACCAAACUGGGCAUCUCUAAUGAAUUACUACGACCAUCAGAUGAGAUUAAACUCAAUUUGCUAGAGAAGAUGCUGGAAUGGGCAGUCACUGACACAAGAGAUGCCAAAUCCCUCCCAAUGUAUGCUGGAAAUGCUUUCCGGCUCCUGCUCAUCGUUCAAGAUUUCCUGCAAGCAGAAGGUCUUGUGAAUUCAAGACUCUGGACAGAAAAGCUCUUGGAAGAGCUGGUGACGCUCAUGGAUACUUUGUCAAUCUGGUACUCUUCUGGCCCAGAAUAUGUGCAGCUCUACCAAGUACAGGUCCAGAUGCUUCUUGGGUUCAUUGGACAAGAUAAUUUACAGGUUUGUGCAAUGGCUGCAGCCAAGCUCAACACCCUUCUUCAGACCAAAGUCCUUGACAACCAAGCAGAAUCCUGUUAUCUGCUGGGAAAACUGGAAGGCAUCCUGAGCAGAUCGAUCCAAGAAAAGACUGAAACUUACUCCUUCUUGAUCCCUCUAGUUCGAACUCUCAUUUCCAAAAUACAUGACCUUCUGUUCAUGAACUUGCACUUGCCUUCCUUGCCUUCCACUAAUGGAAGCCCUUCCUUUUUUGAGGACUUCCAGGACUAUUGUAGAACUGAUGAAUGGCAGGCUUACAUCGAUAAAUACAUUAUUCCCAAUAUGAAGCAGUACGAGCUCAGCAUUUUCAGUGAUGGCCAUGAGCAUAUGGCCGUAUAUUGGAAGUAUUGCUUUGAGGCGCUAAUGGUCAACAUCCAUAAACGGGAACGAGAGAGAGGGGAAAGCAAGCUCAAAUUUCAGGAGUUCUUUGUGGAGCCAUUUAACCGGAGGGCGCGGCAGGAGAACAUGCGUUACAACGGCACGCUAAAGCAGCUGAACGGUCAGCACACAACAACUCUGAGGCAGUGGAGAGCUGCCAGACUUUAUCUAGCCUGUGGACAGGGCCCUUGGGCUGAAAGGAAGCCAAAUCUCAUUCACUGGAAACUUUCAAAUGUGGAAAAUUUCUCACGAAUGAGGCUAAAAUUAGUACAAAAUUACAAUUUCAGCCCUCACCAGGAGGCCAGUGCCCUGAGGGAUAAUCUAGGAGUGCUACAGAUGCCACCUUCCAGUGAAGCUUUGCUUCUGGAGGCAGUGAAGCAAGUAAAAGUCAGUGAUAUGGAGGAUGAUAUACUUGAACUGCCAGAUGAAGAUCCAACAUCCACCAAAAAUAUGGAUGGAAAAGAAGAGCAGGGUCAGAAAGAAAAGCUUGUGCUCUCAGAAGACUGUGAACUUAUUACAAUAAUUAAUAUAAUUCCUGGCAGGCUGGAGGUCACUACACAACACAUUUACUUCUAUGAUGGUAGCUCUGAAAAAGAAGAAGGUAUAGGUUUUGAUUUUAAAUGGCCUCUUUCUCAAAUUCGAGAGAUUCACUUGCGCCGUUAUAAUCUGAGGAGGUCGGCUUUGGAGAUCUUCUUUAUUGACCAGACUAACUAUUUCCUUAACUUUAAAAAGGAGACAAGAAACAGAGUAUAUAGCCGAAUUCUGUCUCUGUGUUCUCAAAAUAUUAGUGGGACCAGAUCUCCCCAAGAAUUAUUUAAAGCUUCUGGAUUGACACAGAAAUGGGUGAACAGGGAAAUAUCCAAUUUUGAUUAUCUCAUUCAGUUAAAUACUAUGGCAGGACGAACCUAUAAUGAUCUUGCACAAUAUCCCGUUUUUCCAUGGAUCCUGCAGGAUUACACUUCAGAAGAAUUGGAUUUGAAUAAUCCUGCAGCGUUUCGGGAUCUGUCUAAACCCAUUGGUGUAGUGAAUGAAAAGAAUGUGAGAGCUGUAAAGGAAAGAUAUGAUAACUUUGAAGACCCCCGUGGAAUUAUUGACAAGUUCCACUAUGGCACUCACUACUCCAAUGCGGCUGGGGUCAUGCAUUACCUCAUUCGGGUUGAGCCUUUUACCACUUUGCAUAUCCAGCUUCAGAGUGGGAGGUUUGACUGUGCGGAUCGACAGUUCCAUUCUAUUCCUGCUACUUGGCAGGCUCUCAUGGAGAAUCCAAAUGAUGUGAAUGAGCUAAUACCAGAAUUUUUCUACUUCCCCGAGUUCUUAGAAAAUCAAAAUGAUUUCAAUUUGGGUCAGCUCCAGAUUUCAAAGGAAGAAGUAAAUGAUGUUGUUCUACCAAAAUGGGCACAUUCUCCAGAAGACUUCAUUUUCAAACAUAGGAAAGCAUUGGAAUCAGAAUAUGUCUCCUCUCAUCUCCAUGAAUGGAUAGAUCUGAUUUUUGGCUAUAAACAGAGAGGGCCAGCUGCAGUGGAAGCUCUUAAUGUUUUCUACUACUGUACCUAUGAAGGAGCUGUAGACCUGGAUGCCUUGACUGAUGAGAAAGAAAGAAAAGCCUUAGAAGGGAUGAUUAACAACUUUGGACAAACACCUUGCCAACUAUUGAAGGAGCCCCAUCCAGCAAGGUUAUCUGUAGAGGAAGUGGUGCAGAAGCAGACCAAAAACGAAAACUUCACCCUCAAUCUGUUCCAGUAUCUCCCUGAAUUAAAAUCCUUCUUUAUUGAGGGAAUCAGUGAUGGAAUCCCCAUUGUUAAGGCCAUUGUCCCCAGGAACCAAUACCGAUCUUUCAUGUCACAGGGAAGUCCAGAACUUUUGGUAACAGUAAGUCUGAACUUUAUUAUUGGGACUCAUGGAUGGCUACCUUAUGACCGAAAUAUUUCCAACUAUUUCACUUUCCUCAAGGAUCAAACAGUGACAAAUCCCAAAACACAACGAAAUGUUGGUGGCCCUUUUGCACCAGGAUUGGAAAUUACAUCGAAGUUGUUUGUGAUGUCCCAUGAUGCAAAGCUGCUUUUCAGUGGAGGGCAUUGGGACAAUAGCAUUCGUGUGACUUCUCUCACCAAGGGAAAAGUGAUGGCCCAGCUUAUUCGGCACAUGGACAUCGUGACGUGCUUGGCCAUGGAUUUCUGUGGGAUCCAUUUAAUUUCAGGCUCGAGGGACACCACUUGUAUGGUAUGGCAAAUAGUUCAGCAGGGGGGAGUGCCAAUAGGUCUGGCUCCUAAACCUUUGCAGAUUCUCUAUGGACAUACCAAUGAAGUGUCUUCAGUUGGCAUCAGUACAGAACUGGACAUGACAGUCUCAGGUGCUAGGGAUGGAACUGUGAUUGUCCACACUAUUCGGAAGGGCCAGUAUAUGAGGACUCUGAGGCCACCCUGCGAAAGUUCUCUCUUGAUCACUGUUCCCAAUCUGGCUAUAUCUUGGGAAGGGCACUUAGUCGUUCAUACCAGCAUAGAAGGAAAGACAACUCUCAAGGAUAAGAACGCAUUGCAUCUCUAUUCUGUGAAUGGAAAGCAUUUGGGCUCUGAGAGCUUGAAGGAAGACGUGUCAGAUCUUUGUGUGACUGGAGAAUAUAUUGUAAUGGGGAGUCUACAGGGAUUUCUGUCCAUAAGAGAUCUCUACAGCCUGAGCCUUAGCACCCCCCCUUUAGCCAUGCGGCUGCCAAUUCACUGUGUCUCUGUUACCAAAGAGUUCAGCCACAUUCUGGUGGGCCUCGAUGAUGGCAAGUUGAUUAUCGUUGGCGUUGGGAAGCCAGCAGAGAUGCGUGCUGGCCAACUCUCCCGAAAAUUGUGGGGUUCAAGCAAAAGGAUCAGUCAGAUUUCAUCUGGAGAAACUGAAUAUAAUACUCAAGAUUCCAUGUGAUAUCUGCUCCUGUCAUCUCUUGGGAUUCCAUACCUUUAUUUAAAGUUCAAGUCAUACCUCCGACUUUCUCAGUUACGUUGCAACUAUAGCACAAUUUCCACAGGCACAUAUGCAUAUUAGUCUACAACGUCUCUUGUUUUUGUAGUUGUGCUAAGUAGAAGCAAUAAGCUAAUUCAAUCCUUUUAAACACAUUGUGUGGCAGGCAGGCAGGCAGGCAGAUAGAUAAUUGUAAGCAUGGAUGUAUAUAUGUGUGUUUUAAAGUGAAUGUUGAAAAUUUAACUGUUGACAUUCAUAUGAGAACGCCAACAAACGGGUGAAUUUUAUGACUAUCAGCAAUGCAAACUUAAGUGUUGUGACAGUCACUAAAUUUGCCUGCAAUUACUGACAGUUGGACAUGAAUGUCAAAAUCAAUAAUUUGUGGAUAUCCAUUAUAACACUAUUCUGCUCUCUCCUUUACACAACUCGCUGCUUUUUUUUUUUUUUGGCAUAAUAGAACUCACAGUUUAUGUUCAAAGUGGCUUGGCCAUUGGAGAGGUGGCUGCUGUCAUGCCAAAAAAGAAUCAGAGAUCUAGUUUUUAAGACCUCCUUGACAAAAGGAGGCAUCUGGAUCUUGGUCAAUGUCUCUAAGUUAUUUAACAGAUACAAAUCAAACAAAACAAUUCAUUUUUUAAAAAUCUCCAAUGCCUUUUUAGUUCUUGGAAACUGAAUGUGAAAUUUAUUUAAACCCACUUAUUUAAGGGGGAAGAUGGAUUGCUUUCAGUACAGCCUGCUCUACUCAGAAGUCAGUUUUCUGGAACAGAUCUGUUGCAUGGGUUGAAUGUCCAAGUUCAAUAGUUAACACAUGAAAAUAAAUGGCAACUUAAACAAAUAAAGGAGUAGCAGGUGAACUCUUAAUACUGUGGGAUUCAGCACAGCGAUUUUUAAAAAGUCCUUCAGGGUAUCUGAUUCAGCAUUAUAAAAUGGUAACUGAAACCACUUUUUGCAGCUAAAAGUUAAAUUUGAGCACUUGAUUAAUGUAUUCCAUGCACAGGAACAUUGGGAUGGUCCUUCCACAGGCCUGAUUCUACAUUUGCAGUAAUGGGGAAAGGGAGAUCCCACAGACAGGCCUAGGUAGAUCUUUUGGCCUGGAGAUAGUAGCUCAGCAGCUUUGCUUGGUUCUUUAAGGGUCAGGAUGCAUGCACAUGACUGAAUCUCAUCUCACAUGUCUGAAAAAGUUACCAGUGCUAUGCUGUUAAUGGCAAUCAUUUUUGUAAUGGGAAGAAAUCUUCAUCACAGAGUCAUAGUAUAGUAACAUUUCUUAACUGUUGAAAAUUAUUUCAAUGAUGGGAAACGUAAAUGAAUGAAUCUAAACAUCACAAAUAUCUAUCUGUUCUAUAUUUCUCCAGGUUUUUUUUUUUAUUUGCAGAAUGUGAACUGUAAUCUUAGAUGAGGGUUUAUUUUUUAAAAAAUUGAAAGUUAAAUAUAGGCCAUUGUGUAAUGGGGAAAUGAUGCAAUUUUAGUUUUAGUUGCAGAUUAUUUGAAUGAGAAUGUUCUGAUCUCCCAGUCAAAGAACAUCUUUUUGUUAGAAUACCUUACUUUUUUAUGAUUUUGUGUUCAUUGUUGUGAGAAAAAUUGCAGGCAUAUCAAGAUCAGAUUAUAUUAAUAUCAUAUUCCAGUGUGCUAUAUACACUUAAUGCAAGUGGAUUUAUAACUUUCCCCCAGUUCCUUUGAGGCAUAAAAGUUAAUGAACUACAGGAGAAACACAAAAAAAUAUGGAAUUAAUCCUUAAUUUUGGGUUGAAAUUUUACAGACCUUAUCACUGAUAUGAAAUUCAUUAAUUUUUGUUCUUACUGUUUUUUUCAAAGACUGUGCUGUCUGUUUCUAUGCUUAGAUACAUACAUUUUUAAAUACCUUUCUGAAGUCUAAGGCUUCAAUCUUUUACUUCCUUACGGAGCAGUAAGACUAACUGAAGUUAAUGGGACUAAUACAGGAUUUUCUAGAAGAAAUGUUAAAUUUUACUAUUUUUGAGUGUGAAAUAAUUAUGGGCAAAAAGCACAGAUUUGGGGUUAUUCUUAAAGUUAAGCAGAGUCUGGCCUGUUUAGUACUUGGAUGGAAGACCUUGCAGGAAUUCUAGAGUCAUGGAGUAGAUUAGGAAGUUGAAAACAAACCCCAGAAUAAGGCAACUGCAAGCCACUUCUGUAUUGUUGCCAAGAAAGCGAUAUAGAUGUAUCCGUGAGGUCACCAGAAGUUGAGCUCUAAUCAAAGAUGACUUGACUUUUUCAACAAUCUUAUAUAUUGGACAGAAGGGACUAAAGAAAGGUUACACAAGACUGAAUUUCAAAAGAUGUUAAAGAUGUGUGAGAAAGUUGGAAUGGAAAACAGCAAUACCAAAGAUAAUCACAAAGUGUUUGAUGUUUUUGAUGUGAAGGUGGGUUAUGAGAAUUAAAAAACUGAAGGAUUAUUAAUUGAUGUCGCAGAUUGAAUCAUUUCUUUAAAAACACGUAGAUGCCAUAAUUAAAUAUGGGACUGCAUGUAAAGGAUGUUUUAGGGCAUUAUAUUAAUGGUUUUCCAAUUGUAUAUUUGAUAUGUGUAUAUUUGAAAUGUUUUUAAAACUUCAGAGAGAUUUCAAGUGAGCCAAUUCAAAGACUCCAGCCCAGGAAACUAGAGUAGUUAAUGGAUAUUUUCCAUAUGCAGCUCUCUCUUACAUGAGCUUCAAAAGGCCUCUUGCUGGAAAUUUCUCAGCUAUUUGCCAGAGCCUAUGGAACCUUUUGACUUCUUGGAGACCAUUUAUAAUUUAAAAAAUGAAAUGUUGGGCUAUAUCCAAAAAGGGGAGAGUAACCAUAUUUUUAAAAUAGCCUUUUAUUGGGAGCAGGCAGUGAAAGCCAUCCAAAUGUUAUUUCUAUGUGCGCUAUGAUUAUUUAUUUAUUUAACUUAAGAAACGCAAAAGACUGACUUGAAAGAGUUUCUGGGCUCUGUCUUAGGUUAGGCUAAGAAUAGUUUUGACAAUUUGUUUAGUAAUUUUAAUUCCUGUUUUUAAAAUUGUAUUUUAUAUAUUUAUUCAUGUGCUUCUUUCAGGAUGCUGAAAGUGGCUUAAGAUGGAUUUAUUAGCCAUUUUAACAAAAAUAUAUGAGACGAAAUAUCAGAUGUCAUAAAUGCAAUUACUAGUAUAGAGAAUGACCACCUGAAGUAAUGGCAAUAUUUGCUUUUUGUAAAAUGUGCUUUGAGGGAAUCAACACUGUAAAAAAAUAGCGAUGCCAUGAAGUACUAAAACACUAUCACAGAAAAUUCACAUUUUGCUUCCAAAGAUACUUCAUAAUUGGUGCUCUCUAUACAAAAUGUGGGUGAUACUUUCAAAUGUUCCAUAGCAUACGAGAGAGGGUCCCAAAAUAAAAAUUUAAAAAUUCACAGUCACUUUGGACGCUAAACACAGGUAGAUGGAAGUAAGACAACUCGCCUUCUGAAAUCCACAGUCCCUCAAGGCAGAACUCGGUCAGGAGGAAUAUUUGAGCUUCCCAGCCCUCCUCCAACAUUGAGGGAGCCUAAGUAGGAAAGAUGCUAAACCCUGUGUUCAAAACUGGGAAUAAGCUAGUUGGUGGAAAAAGCAGCACCUGGCAGGGGUUUGUAGGUGAGACUUUGCUGCCGUGGAAUGGAGAAAUGCCCUCCUGCUAAUUUUCAUUUGUAUUUCCCUUUCUCCCAUCCCUGUUAUCUUGGCCCAGAUACCCUGUUGGGAGCAGGUGUCUGCAGCACUAGUGUCCAGCUUACUUCCACGGAGACAUUCCUAGGACCAGAGCAUUGCAGGAAUGGUUAUAUUUGUUGACUUUAAUCUGUGAAAAUUGUACAUAAGCAUUCUGUGGUGUUCUUCCGACUGGUGUUCCCACUGGUGCCUUUGAAUUGGGUUUGAUGCCUGGUGGCUGUAGGGACAGAUGCUUGCUACCUUGUCUGUCUUUAGAAAUACCCUCAGUAUAUGUAUUCUGAAUAGAUUAAAUGUUUUCUUACCUGUAUGUCAUACAUUUGAAUAUGGGAAAGGUGCAGGAGUGCAUAAGGUGAAAAGAUGGCAUGGAAGAUCCACAUUAAGAAUGUAGAGUGAAGUUGUGCUCUGUUUAAAAUUUUGCACAGAGGUUUGCUUUUCGGAAAGUGAGGCUGUCAUGCUUGAUUCGUUGCUUUACUCAGAGAACAAAUAUUGUUUUAUCUUCUUUGGGCAUUUGCAAAAAGGGGAAAUAGUUCAGCAUCUUUACUCAGUCAUUUAACUGCUGCUGUAUUUCUGAAGGCUACCCUAAAGGCUUUAGACACAGUUUAACAGAAUUAUAAUAUAGCUGAUUGAAAUCAAGCAGACUUGGAUGGUGGCUAGAAUAGAUGAUGGUGGUGGAGUGCUCUGAAAGGAACAUUGAUUGGUUAUUUGGGAGUUUUCUGAAAGUCAGAUUAUAAAUAAGGAUCAAGGAAGUGACUGGUUGAAGGUGCCUGUUGCACACGGUAUCAAGUUAAUAUUUCUCAGUAUUUAAAUCAGGCUUUUUUUAAAAAAGAAAAGAAAACAAAACAAUUCAGUCUCAGUAUUUGCUCAGUUUUCCCAGGAAUGUGCUUAAGUUCAGACCAGUCAGACAAGGACAAUGUCUGUAUAAUGCCUCUCAAUGCUCCACAUUAUUCCUAUGGCAGGGGGUCUAGAGGUACCUAUGCAUGUCCAUGGUACUCACGAUGUUCGUAGUAUUUACAUGCCAGUGAAAUCCAUCAUUGGAGGUUAGUAAGCCUCACGUAAAGCAGUACGAACCAGUUUCAGGAAAAUGUAUGUAGCUUUCAGUAUUGUGCUGUGAUAUGUUGUAGAGAAACAAUUUCCACUGUUAAAGCUUGCAACACCAUUUUGCUAUCAAAAAUGCAUACACCAUUAAUAUGCAUGAAUUUUACCCAAAUUUGAUGCUAUAAGAGAAAAAAAAGUAUUGUUACUUGCAAAGGCAGGGUUUUUAGACUACCCUCCUUUAAUGAAGAACUGGCCUUGGAAAUUGUGCUGGUCCCAAACAAUUUUCCUUUUAAAAAAUUCAGCAUUACACCUAAUGUGUGCCUCUGCAUUUGCUUAAAACAUCACGCUUAAAGGUAAAAAUGGAGCACGAAGCCUUCUGUAUAUAAGGGCAAUGAUAAUCUAACGCUGAUUAUUCUGACAGUGCAAUCUUGACGACAAAUGCCAAAAAUGCCUUCAGAUUUUGGAUGGAAGUGUUUUGAUAUAAUUAAAUUCCACCUAGCCAUCAUGGAAUGUUAAAAUCUAUCUAUUAAUCUUUUGUGCAAUAUCUUUUCUUUAUUUCUGGUGCUUUUAAGGUUAAAUAAUAUUCUAUUUGUAUUAAUGUUCCAAUGAUAAGGUUUAAUAAUUUUAAGCUUGUAUGUAUUUAUGUAUAUUAGCUAACAGUGAAUGGUUUCUGUACAGCAUGGUGAGAAAUGUUUUAAAAUUUGCACUUUGUAGAAUUUACAGAUUUGUAAUUUAAACCUUUUUAAAACACUUGCAUACUUUGUACAUAAAAUGAUUGUCAAAUUAGCUUUGUAUAUAACAAAGUUUGAAGCCAAUUAAAUUAAAAAAUGGACAUAUGA